GGAAAGUUGAUCGACCAACCGGCAGUACGUGAACUACGAAGAAAACGGGGCAGAAGCAGAAGCAGUUUGAUCACGCUGAAAAUUUCUUUCAAACGUGUCUCGGCCUUCGGCAAGUAACCAACCCGAAAAACCGUUAUAUACGGAUACCAAGUGAUGCUAGAUUGUAGUUAUCUGUUGAAGCAAUAGUUUGUGAACCGUUUUCAAUUGAGGGAAGUCGAGUUUAUUUCGCCAUAAGUGAAAUUAAAAUUAUAACCUCAAUCGGGUGACGUAGGCCAGCAGCACCAAAAAUGGGACGCGGUCGACCGAAGCGCGAAAACCCCUCCAACGGGGAUGCUCCUGCUGCUAAAAUUCCCAGAACCAGCACAAAAUCUUCUCUACUUCUUCCACGCCGUAGAUGAGCUACAGCUUCCCACGUUGCCUAAGCUGUGCGGAAAUGUGCUGUCCUGCGGCCAGGGUGAGGUUGGGCAGCUGGGCCUCGGCGAGGACGUGAUGGAAAAAACCCGGCCGGCUCUGAUUGACGGGCUGCGGGAUAUUGUGGACAUUUCGGCCGGAGGAAUGCACAACCUCUGCCUGACCCGAAAGGGCGAGGUGUUCUCGUUCGGAUGCAACGACGAGGGAGCCCUAGGCCGGGCAACGGCCGAUGAGGAGGGUUCCGAGUUCAUUCCACGCAAGAUUGAGCUGCCGGCACCGUGUCUCAAAAUAUCGGCCGGCGAUUCACAUUCCGCAUGUUUGCUGAACGACGGGCGGGUCUAUGCCUGGGGGUCGUUCCGGGAUUCUCACGGCAACAUGGGUCUCACGUUGGAAGGUAACAAACGGCUCCCGAUCCAGGUCAUCCCCGGUAUUCGAUCGGUGGACAUUGCCUCCGGAGGGGAUCACUUGGUCAUCCUAGCAGAGAAUGGACACGUCUACACGGUUGGUUGUGCCGAACAAGGUCAGCUAGGACGCAUUUCAACUCGGGCCGCAUCAGGUGAAUCGCGAAGAGGCAAAACCGAUCUGCUUCAACCGGGUGUGGUGACCCUUAAAGGUAAAAAGGUACAGGCCGAUGCCAUAUGGGCUUCCACAUAUUGCACCUUCUACAAAGACCACAGCACGGGGCGAAUCUUUGCCUUCGGAUUAAACAAUUAUUGCCAGUUGGGAAUCCCCAAUCCUAGCGAAAACGUCGUAAAACCGGUAUUCGUACCGGAACUCACCAGCUUUACAGACGUCAAAAGCAUCACCGGAGGGCAGCAUCACACGAUGGUCCUCAAGAAUGACGACAAGGUGUACGUUAUCGGCCGCAAGGAGUACGGUCGAUUAGGUCUAGGGGAAGUUAACGCCGAUGCCAUAACACUGACACCAGUUGAAACUCUCGCAAACCGGAACAUUGGGGAUAUUGCGUGUGGCGAAAGUACUUCGUUUGCAGUAACCGACAAGGGAGAGGUCUUUGCUUGGGGAAUGGGAUCCAAUCAGCAGCUGGGAACUGGCAGUGAAGACGAUGAAACCAGCCCCGUUCAGAUCAGCAGCAAACAGGUACAGGGUAAAAAGAUCCUCAAAGUUUCCAGCGGCGGACAGCACAGCUUGUUUCUCGUGGAGGAGAAACCAUCGAAGGAUCCUACACCGGUUCCGGAACCGAAACCCGUCAAGGAGUCCUCAAGCGGCAGCAACAGCAAGUCAAGCACAGAACCUGAACCCGAAUCAACAGAAGAUAGCACGGAGGACAAAUCGACAGACGCCGCUGCGGAAGUUCCAAAAACUAAUGGAACCGCGCCAAAGGAAAACGGAGAUGUCCCAACCACCACUGCUUCUACCGGUGGAGGAGGUCGAGGUCGCAAACGGAAGCUGUGAGCAGCAGCUGCAAUCUACUCGACUUGUUAGGUUUAGCUAGUUAAUCGACUUAAACAGACAAAUCCCCAUUUGAACUUUUUGAUAGUUUAGAGAUCCCGAUACUGCACGCCAUUUUCAAUCGCUCACAACUACUAGGAUCUUUCACAAAAUUUGAUCUAGCCUGUCACCUGUUCAAUUUUUGUUGCACCUUCUUAUUACAUUUUGCACGCUGUCGAUGUUUCAAGUUUCAUAACUAUCCGUUGGUUUUUCUUUACCUUUGUACUCUAUACUGAUCAUCUCGCUACUUACCGUUACAUUGGAAAUCAUGAAUUUCAUAUAACAUAAAAAUUUUAGGCUAGUGAAAGGAUGUGUGUAGGCAACAGGACGGAAUUGACGAAUGAUAGGGAGAUAGAGAGUAUUGAAUGUCAGUAAUUAUUGUUUUUUUUUCUGCCGUAUCCGCAAGGGAUAUAUUUCGAAAUUAACUUAUUUCCAACCCUGUUUUGGCUGUCUGAUGAGAUUCAAACAAUAAAAUGUUGAAUAAAAUAACAA